GUUCUGGCAGCAGCUACGCUGACCCAUGGCUUUCCUGGAGGACGGAAACCACACUGCAGUGACAGAGUUCAUUUUAUUGGGCUUAACUCAUGACCCAGUCCUUAAAGUCGUCCUCUUCAUCAUCAUCCUGUGCAUCUACCUGGUGACUGUGUCUGGGAACCUCAGCACCAUCCUUCUCAUCAGAGUCUCUUCCCAGCUCCAUCACCCCAUGUACUUUUUUCUCAGUCACUUGGCUUCUGCUGACAUAGGCUAUUCAUCUUCUGUCACUCCCAAUAUGCUUGUCAAUUUCCUGGUGGAGAGAAAUACCAUCUCCUACCUUGGAUGUGCCAUCCAGCUUGGUUCAGCUGUUUUCUUUGGGACAGUUGAAUGUUUUGUUCUAGCUGCCAUGGCUUAUGAUCGCUUUAUAGCAAUCUGUAACCCACUGCUUUAUUCAUCCAAAAUGUCCACACAAGUUUGUGUCCGGUGGCUUGUAGGAGCCUAUAUUGGUGGUUUUCUUAAUGCUUCCUCCUUCACCCUUUCCUUCUUUUCACUUCUCUUCUGUGGACCAAAUAGAAUCAAUCACUUUUUCUGUGAUUUUGCCCCAUUAGUAAAACUCUCCUGUUCUGAUGUCAGUGUCCCUGCAGUUGUUCCCUCAUUCACAGCUGGUUCCAUCAUUGUGGUGACAGUGUUUGUCAUAGCUGUCUCCUACAUCUACAUCCUCAUCACCAUCCUGAAGAUGCGCUCCACUGAGGGCCGCCACAAGGCCUUCUCCACCUGCACCUCCCACCUCACUGCAGUCACUCUCUUCUAUGGCACCAUCACCUUCAUCUAUGUGAUGCCCAAGUCCAGCUACUCCACAGACCAGAACAAGGUGGUGUCUGUGUUCUACAUGGUGGUGAUCCCCAUGUUGAACCCCCUCAUCUACAGCCUCAGGAAUAAUGAGAUUAAGGGUGCUCUGAAGAGACAACUUGGUAGGAAAAUACUUUCUUAGAGACAUACGUUAGUUUUAAAAACUUGAUAUAGAAAUAAUGCCUAAUUGAUAUAAUAUUAAAGUGAGUGUCGUGUUUGAAAGAACUUAAUGACAGUGUU